AUGGCCUCUAAUCAAUUGAUGAAAACACCGGACAUCCCUGUGAAUCUCGUCCGUGCCAAAGCAGGAGAGACUUUCAUGUUGGGGACCGUUAAAAUCCGUGUUAUGGAAGAUGGCAGCAACACUCACGAUCGGAUUGGUAGUGCUGAGUUCACUGUCCCCCCGCAUACAGAGGGACCACCAAAGCAUUGGCAUGAAAUGCACGACGAGACGUUCUUAGUCCUUUCCGGAAAACUUCGGUUCCACGUCAAGGAUGGGGGUAUCGUGGAUUGUGAAACCGGCGAUUACGUGACAGUGCCAGUACGCUCACCGCACACGUUCCUCAACCCUUUUGAUGAGGAGUGUAGGUUCUUCAACACCUUCACGCCUUCUUACUAUAUCAACUACUUCAAAGUGCUUAGCCAAUUGCUAGAGCCGGGCAAGCCGAUGGACCCGGAAGCUAAUAAGAAGGCCAUGGCGUACUUUGCGACUAUCGGUGUCUCGGACGGGGCUUAA